AUGAAAUCUUUUCCGAUAAAGCAGCUUAUUUUACACACAAACAACCUGGGAAGCGCUUUUGGUGCGAUCAAAUCAAGAUGGUCCGAAUACGAUUACAUUGAUUUGGGCAGCGAAAGUGGCGACGAGGGAUCGAUCGACGAUGUUGAGGCAGAAGAUGAAUUAGCGGAGCGAUUUUCGGAUGGACAUCCAUCCGGUGAUGCAGGCUGCGAAAGCGAUGAUGAAUACAACGGAAAUUAUGGUGACACCGACACUGGUGGCGAAACAUCGUUUGAAAGCAGUAACGGCAAAACAGUUCUUUCACCCAAAUGUCAACAGUGGAACACCGCUGAUGACGGUAAAUUUGCUUUGCUCGCAGAUUCUUCAUUCUAA